GGUUUGAUUUCACCGAAUCAUGAGGACUAGCGUCUGGGUGCUUCAACUCUGCUUUCUACAUCUAUGCUCUUCCCGUAUUCUGGACUGGACAUAUCACGGGGAGCACAGCGAAGACGAAUGGGGAACGUACUACGAUCACUGCCUGGGGAAACUGCAAUCUCCCAUCAAUAUUCAGAGGUCAAAAGUCAGAUUUAAUCCAGAUCUGGAACCGCUGCAGCUCCAGGGUUACGGCUACCGCCGCGACGCAUUCAAGAUGACCAACAAUGGCCAUUCAGUUGCCAUACACCUUCCUUCAUCCAUGAAGAUUAUGAAAGGCCUCCCGGGGAAAUUCACGGCCAUUCAGCUUCACCUUCACUGGGGCGGCACGGACAAAGAGAGCAGCGGAUCCGAACACACGAUUGAUGGGUUGCGAUAUAUGGCUGAGCUCCACAUUGUCCAUUACAACUCCGAAGCCUACUCCAGUUUUGACGAAGCAAAGAAUAAGCCCGAUGGGCUGGCUGUCCUGGCUUUCCUUUUUGUGGGCAGCCAUUUUGAGAACGCUUACUACAGCGACUUCAUUGCCAAAUUGGCCAAAAUUAAGUAUGCAGGGUACUCGACCACUCUCGAUAGCCUGGAUAUCUUAGCCAUGUUGCCAGAAAACCUCUCCAAUUUCUACCGCUAUCAUGGUUCGUUGACCACACCGCCAUGCACGGAAAAUGUGAUCUGGACCGUAUUUGACGCACCGAUCAAGCUGUCUUAUACCCAGGUUGAUCUGUUGGAAAAUUCCUUGUUGGACUGGAAGAACCAAACUUUGAGAAACGAUUACCGUCAAAUCCAGCCUCUCAACGGACGGGUGGUCAAAGCCUCCUUCUCCCCUCGGCUGAUCGAAGGAAGGUGUCGGCCUGAGAGCAUCUCCAGUAAGCUGAAUAAAAUACAGACUAGCCUUCGUGAGAUGAAGACCACACCUGACCGUGUCCGGUGGUUUAUUUCAGGCCAGCACCAGCUCAGCUUGCAAGCCUUCCACUUCCCCUUGGAGAACACCGCCAGCUACGUGACCAUCGUCCCUCUGAAGCCCAUGCAACUGAAAACCUUCACGCUCUGCUUCUGGGUCCAGAACAGCAACCAGGGCCGGCAGACUGUCCUCUUCUACUCCACCCCCGAGAGCGAGAACGAGCUGGUCAUCAGCGUGGGCAUGGCGGUGGGCGUGUGGAUCGGGGGCAAGUUCGUGCAGUUCGACCUCCACCGCCGGGCGGAAGACUGGGUCCACCACUGCGUCACCUGGGUCUCCAGCUCGGGCACUAUCAACCUGUGGGUCAACGGCGCCGUGGGCACUGCCCGGAACAUUCAGAAAAACUACAUCAUCCAGAGCGGCGGGACGCCCAUCCUGGGCAAGAGGAAGAACGCCAUGCUGGACGUCUUCGCCGACGCCUUCUCCGGCUGGAUGAGCCACGUCAACCUCUGGAGUUGGCUGCUGGACCAGAAUGACAUCCAGGAGCUCACCCUUUGCAAGCACACCCAGCAAAAGGGGGACGUCUUGGCUUGGGGGGAAACGCACAUGUCCCUCUAUGGCGGGGUGACCUUAGGCCCGGACACCAGCUGUAGGUGAAUCAGGCCUGGGUU